GAGAGAGCGACAACAAGAGAGGGAGGCAGGGGGAGAAUAGAGAAAGCAAGCAGCACUCUGCACUGCCAGCCGCGGUAGCUCAAUAUGGAGUAACCCGGUAGGCUCGACAACGACGGGAGUACAAAGAACAACCGGCUUUGGAUCGAAAUUACAUUCACAAGGAAUAAGGGAUCACUUCCAAUAAUGAGAUACGACAUUGCAUACACACAAUCAACUUUAAGGGAAUAAAAUAGUUUCAGCAAUUUCUAUUAUUGAAAAAUGGCGAACGAGUCUCCAGCUAAAAGUCUAGUUGACAUAGACCUUGCCUCUUUGCGGGACCCAGCUGGUAUUUUCGAACUGGUGGAAGUGGUCGGCAAUGGCACGUAUGGACAAGUAUACAAGGGCCGACAUGUCAAGACAGGACAACUGGCGGCCAUCAAGGUCAUGGAUGUCACAGAGGAUGAAGAAGAGGAGAUUAAACUGGAGAUUAAUAUGCUGAAGAAGUACUCCCACCACAGAAACAUAGCCACCUAUUACGGAGCCUUCAUCAAGAAGAGCCCACCAGGACAUGACGACCAGCUAUGGCUGGUGAUGGAGUUCUGUGGUGCAGGCUCUAUCACAGACCUGGUGAAGAACACCAAGGGCAACACACUGAAGGAGGACUGGAUCGCCUACAUCUCCCGUGAGAUCCUCAGGGGGUUGGCUCACCUGCACGCCCACCAUGUGAUCCACCGUGACAUCAAGGGCCAGAACGUGCUGCUGACUGAGAACGCUGAGGUCAAACUGGUGGACUUUGGUGUGAGCGCCCAGCUGGACCGGACAGUGGGCCGGAGGAACACCUUCAUCGGGACACCCUAUUGGAUGGCGCCGGAGGUCAUUGCCUGCGACGAGAAUCCAGACGCCACCUACGACUACAGAAGUGACUUGUGGUCCACUGGAAUCACAGCUAUAGAGAUGGCUGAGGGAGCUCCUCCACUGUGCGAUAUGCAUCCAAUGAGAGCGCUCUUCCUCAUCCCCAGAAACCCUCCUCCUCGACUCAAGUCAAAGAAAUGGUCUAAGAAGUUUUGCAGCUUCAUUGAAGGCUCCCUGGUGAAGAACUAUACACAGCGCCCCCCCACCGACCAGCUGCUGAAACACCCCUUCAUCAGGGACCAGCCCAACGAGAGGCAGGUCCGCAUCCAGCUCAAAGACCACAUCGACCGCACCAAGAAGAAGAGAGGGGAGAAGGAUGAUACAGAGUAUGAGUACAGUGGGAGUGAAGAAGAAGAGGAGGAAGCUCAGGAGCAGGAGGGGGAGCCCAGCUCGAUAGUGAACCAGCCAGGGGAAUCAACCCUGCGUAGGGACUUCAUCCGUCUGCAGCAGGAGAACAAGGAGCGCUCGGAGGCCCUGCGCAGACAGCAGCUCUUGCAGGAGCAGCAGCUCCGGGAGCAGGAGGAGUAUAAGCGCCAACUACUGGCAGAGAGGCAGAAACGCAUCGAGCAGCAGAAAGAGCAAAGGAGAAGGCUGGAGGAGCAACAGCGUCGCGAGCGGGAGAUGAGGAGGCAGCAGGAGCGUGAGCAGCGGCGCCGCGAGCAGGAUGACAAGAGGCGUAUGGAGGAGGUUGAACGCCGGCGUAAAGAGGAGGAGGAGCGCAGGAGGGCAGAGGAGGAGAAGAGGAGGGCUGACCGCGAGCAGGAGUACAUCCGUCGCCAGCUGGAGGAGGAGCAGAGGCACCUGGAGAUCCUGCAGCAGCAGCUGCUCCACGAACAGGCCAUGCUGCUGGAGCACAAGUGGAAGGAGCUGGAGGAGCAGCGUAUGGCCCAGAAGCUCCAACAGCAGGAUCAGUCCUACCUACUGCUUCUCCAACAGCAGUCCAAACCCCUGCCACCAGCCACCAACAGGCCUCUGUCCCCACAGCAACUGUUGAUUCAAGAGAAGACCAAGUCCCCACAGCAACUGACUUCUGACCUCAAAGGCCCCGCCACAAUCGGAGAGGCCGAUGAGAGGUACCGUAAGAACAUCCAAGGAUCUCCUCAGGCUGCCCAGGUUAAGGUCCAGCCCCCAGUUCCUCCCCGCGCCGCAGAGACCGUCGCUAAUGGAAACGCCCCCGUGGCCGCCCCGCCCGCCAUGCACAGACCGAUGGAAGCCCAGGUGCAAUGGUCCCACCUGGCCGCUCUAAAGAGCAGCAUCGCCACUCCCCCUGUUGUCUCACGCUCUCAUUCCUUCAGUGAGCCCAUCGUCCCUGGUUUUGCACACCUCAACCUACGCUCUCAGGAGCAGCACCAUCAACCUGCACCACCAUCAUCAUCAUCAUCACCCGCACACACUGACCUGCAGCCCCACCCGCUGCCUAGGGCCACUCCCCUCGAGAAGGCCUCCACAGACGACUCCCCUCCCAGGGUUCCUUUGAGGACAACGUCCAGGUCUCCAGUACUGUCAUGCAGGGACUCCCCUUUCCAUGGCAAUGCCACACCUAGCAACCCGGUGAGCCAGAGGAAAGCCAGCAGUGCUGCAGCGGAGCCGCGUCUGCUGUGGGAGCGGGUGGAGAAGCUGGUCCCCAGGCCAGGCAGUGGUAGUAGUGGUAGUACUGGCAGUUCCUCUGGCUCCAGUAACUCCAGCUCUCACAGCGGCUCAGGGGAGAGAUUCAGAGCCCGCUCGUCAUCAAAGUCUGAGGGUUCUCCCCUUCAGCGCCCAGAGCAUGCUGGGAAAACCCCAGAGGAGAGGAAGGAAUUGGUCAGACCUAACCAACCGGUGGACCUGACGGCACUGGCCAAAGAGCUGCGUGCAGUGGAGGAUGUUCCACGCCCCCACAAGGUGACGGACUACUCCUCAUCCAGUGAAGAGUCGGGCACCACAGAUGAGGAUGAUGAUGAAGAGGUGGACCAGGAGGGGGGGGAGGAGUCUACCUCAGGACCAGAGGACUCUCGGGCUGUCUCUUCGAGGCUGAGCAACGGGGAGACUAUGAUCGUUCACGAGGAGGGCGAGAGUGACGCUAAAACCACACCCUGUAAAGAUGGCACUCUGAUCGUCAGACCGAGUGCAGGUGACAGCAAAAAGCGACCUGUCCCCAGCCCUGGUCAAGGCCCUGUCCUUGGCUUUGUCCCCAGCCCCGGGCUAAUUCACCCUGCCCUCCAGGGCCACCCCGUUCUCCAAGGCCACCAGGAGAGAAAUGGCUUUGCAGGCCGCAUUCACCUCCUGCCUGACCUGAUCCAGCAGAGCCACCACUCCCCCUCCUCCUCUGCCUCCUCCUCCCCCUCCUCCUCCAGCCUGACCAGCCCCACCAUGUCAAUGUCCCCCCAGAGCCCCCUGGACAAGCUCAGCAUGCUACUGGAGAGCCAUACUUCCAGCAACAGCAUGCAGAAGCACAAGUCCUCCUCCUCCUUCACUCCCUUUAUUGAUCCACGCCUCCUCCAGGUCUCUCCAUCCGGCGCCGCUCUCAAUAACCUGGCUUUUGGGAACGACGCCAGGCUGGCGGAGGCACUGCGGGCGGACCCGUCACGUAAAGGCUCCGUGGUCAAUGUGAACCCCGUCAACACACGACCACAAAGCGACACCCCAGAGAUCCGCAAGUAUAAGAAGAGGUUUAACUCUGAGAUCCUGUGUGCAGCACUCUGGGGAGUGAACCUCCUGGUGGGCACAGAGAGUGGUCUGAUGCUGCUGGACCGUAGCGGUCAGGGGAAGGUCUACCCCCUCAUCAGCCGACGCCGCUUCCAACAGAUGGACGUACUAGAGGGACUCAACGUCCUGGUCACUAUAUCAGGCAAGAAGAACAAGCUGCGUGUUUACUAUCUGUCCUGGCUGAGGAACAAGAUCCUGCACAACGACCCUGAGGUGGAGAAGAAACAGGGCUGGGUCACUGUGGGAGACCUGGAGGGCGCUGUGCACUACAAAGUUGUGAAAUACGAGAGGAUCAAGUUUUUGGUUCUGGCCCUGAAGAACUCGGUGGAGGUCUAUGCAUGGGCACCGAAGCCCUACCACAAGUUCAUGGCUUUCAAGUCGUUUGGUGACCUGGUGCACAAGCCCCUGCUGGUUGACCUGACGGUGGAGGAAGGUCAGAGAUUAAAGGUCAUCUAUGGCUCCAGUAACGGAUUUCAUGCCGUUGACGUGGACUCGGGGGCAGUCUACGACAUCUACCUGCCCACCCAUAUCCAGACCAGUAUCCAGUCCCAUGCCAUCAUCAUCCUGCCCAACACAGAUGGCAUUGAGCUGCUAGUGUGUUACGAGGACGAGGGUGUCUAUGUCAACACCUAUGGACGCAUCACCAAGGACGUGGUGCUGCAGUGGGGCGAGAUGCCCACUUCUGUGGCCUACAUACGUUCUAACCAGAUUAUGGGCUGGGGGGAGAAGGCCAUAGAGAUCAGGUCUGUGGAGACCGGACACCUGGACGGGGUCUUCAUGCACAAGAGAGCCCAGAGACUCAAGUUCCUGUGUGAGAGGAAUGACAAGGUGUUCUUUGCCUCGGUGCGGUCCGGAGGAGCCAGCCAGGUGUACUUUAUGACCCUGGGGCGUACCUCUCUGCUCAGCUGGUAAGAAAGACCAUGCCCCCUCUACACUGGAAACCAACCAACCGCGUUUUACCCAACGUUCAGUGAUGCCAAUGGACAAAAGAAAACCAUCUCCGUCUUAGCUACGACCUUCGACCCGGAGCAUCAUGUUUUACUGAGGAUACAUACAACAUCCAGAUGCCGUCUCCCCAGCCGUGAAUACCAGAUAUGAGAAUUGUUCAAAAUUAAGUUAAUUGAUUAUAAAACAACAAAAAUAAAGGGGGGGGGAACGGUUUGCCCCGCUGUGGUGCUUAACUGAUUGUGGACACGUCUGUGCGGCGUCGUUGCCCUGAACACCUGUGACCUCUGUGUGUGUCGUUCCUAGUUACUGACUGUGCUGUGGGCUUGAAGUUUACUAACUACUCUCUGCAUCUUCUGCUCGUAUUUCAGGAACCCCCUUCCACCCCACCCUUUUCAUUAGCGAGGGAGGAGCAGGGGUGGAGCAUACAGUGUUAAUGCUACAGUAGUGUAUGUAAAUGUAUUUCUGUUUGGUACAAUGAUUGCUGACUGCAAGGGGGCGGAGGGGGUUGAAGCUGUCAGUCAUGGAGGAGGCGGGAGUAGAGAAGCCGAGCAAGGGAGCCAAUUUGUUCUAUGCCAUGAUGACAGAAGGUGGAAGGGGCCAAGGCGGUUUAUCGUAAAUCUGGUAGUAUCUGAGAGGACUCAGCUGGACUGUGUGUUGAUAGAGUUAAGACAGCUACAGUAUUUUAAUGGUCGCGGUCAAAGAAAAUGUUUUUAUCCGGAUGGACUUCAGACUAGUAUUUUUUAUUAUAAAUUCCCUAAAAAAAGUGAAACUAUGUGGAGUUAAUAUUUCUUUUACCUUAUUUUCUAAAAUCACAUUUGCACAGUCUCCAGUUUGCUUGAUUUUAUUCCAACCCACAACACAUUGAAGUGUUUUAGGAGAGAGAGAGUGGGUGGGUUAGAAAAGGAAACCAUGUAUAUGUAUAAUAAAAUGUCAUUUAAUCUCAUCCAUAGUUUCAGUGGUCAUGGUAGUGGAUCCCUCGGUGAUCCGGCUUGGACCAUCAGAGGGUCCAGGAUGGAGGACAUGGUCCGGAUGUGAAUAGACAGAUAUAAUAAAAGAGAGUGGUGGAGAAGGGUAAGGUGAUAGUAUUUUGUGUGUUUGUGUGUGUGUGUGUGUGUGGUUGGUUGGUUGGUUGUAAAGGGGCCAAUAGAUGAGAGAGGAAGGGUGUUGAUGUACGUUUUUGUAGCAGAAAGGUUACACAUGGUCAGCACAACUCAAUGGACUCCUAGUCAGUGGAUAGAACAAAAGUGUUUUAUUGUUCUUUUGAUAUUUCAGCUUUUUGUUUUUCAUUUGUAUCUUUUCAUGAAUGCAGUGCACUAAGUGUCAAGAAUGUAGAAAGACGUAUACUGUGUGGUGGUCAGAGGCAUGAGACUUUUAUUUGUGUUCCUUGUCACAAGUGAUUGAUUUCGAUGUUCAAUUUUAAAGUAACACAAGUGAAUACUAAAUGAAGGCUCCGCUAUUAAAGAUGUUGAUUUUCCUUUCACAAACUCAAUGUUUUAAAGUGCAUCAGAGCUGGAGAGGGAGCAGCUCUGAGUUGAGACGAUGCUAGGCUAUAGUAGUUUUCUGUGGAGCCAGUAUGCUCACAGUAGCCUAAUCAACCUUAUUCACCAACAGGGCUUAGUCCUUAGUGUAACUGUAAACAACAUGACCAAGUCGUCUUGAGCAUGGUACAUUUGUCCAUCUUGUGCAAUGUCAGCUUAUCAAUCAAUGGAAGGCAAUAAAAUACAAAACAACUUGUUUCAAAUCAGAGGAGAGCAGUCUGGUCACCAGGAGCCAGAACACAGGUAACCUGACCAUUGUGAUUCUACAGCUCUCGUCUGGCGGUUCAUGACGGAAACCCCCUUUGGGCAGAAUCCUCUUUUUCACUGUUAAAGGCUUUAGUCUGUACAGAUAUAUAAAGAAGACUAUUCAAUGAACUGCAAUAUCCCCUGCUACGGCUCUCCCACAACAGUGGUGUAUCUAACCUUCGUUGACCAUGGUGACAAACAAGAACAACAUCAACAACAGGCUAUUAUCUUAUUUUCCCACAGAACACAACUGUGUUUUAAUGGUGGUGAUGGAUCAAAGCUAUUUCACCCAAGUGGACAGACUCUGUACACUGACUAUGUGUCCGACAGUGGGUCAAUGAUCUCUGAGUUGGGUCUUUCUCGUACUAACAGUCAUGUCAUUAUGUGUGUAGAGCUGUGGGAAAGGCAUUGCAAAUUACAUGUCACAGAAUUGUUUCACGAGCCAACUUCUUGUAUAUGGAAAAAGAAACCCGUUUGAAGAGCGAACCCCAAUGCUGUAUGUGUGUGUUUAAUAGCCUCCCAAUGCUGACCCACUAUGUCUUUCUGGUUGCAUCAAGGCCUUCAUGAGGCAUAAGUUACUUUAUUAAGAUUAUGGUUAUUGAUAUUCUUAUUAAUGGAAAAAGAUUUAACAUUUUUGCAAUCUGAAAAGCAGUCGCUUGCUGAUUUAACGUUUUAAAAAAAGUGCUAAGAUGGCAACAUUAAAUGUUUUUCUUUAAAUUACAAAACCACUUUGUUGAUCUCACUUGAAGCAUUUUGUAUUAAGUUUUAACAUGGUUAAGAAGCUUAAUAAUGGUUUCUGUAAGUUUAUGUACUCUGCAGUGGUUGAAUAUUAUAAUGCUCACGUUAGGUCGAGAAAAUUGAAAUGUUUACAGAGGCAAUGUUUUGUUACACUAAUGUGCAUCAUAUUUAUGUUUUUUUGUUGCUUGUUUUGUAUUGAACGUUAUUUUAGUCAAUAAUCCUAAAUGAUGCCAUUGUUUUUCUCGCUCAAAUAACCAACUCACAACACAAUAAAGAAUACACAUGCAAUAUUUAAUUUUCCAGAUGUUCCCAUAACAUUAAUCCAGCGUUGUGGGGACAUUGUUGUGAUGUACAGUCCGUUUCCUGCAGGCUUGGAUGUCAGUCAGGCUUGGGUGUUUUUCUCCAGUGUUUCUGCCAUGCUACUCUAAUUUAUGUCCUCUCUAUGUAUGACAGGAAGUCCUGUAUUUUCCUGAAGGUUUUUUUUCUUUGAAUAAACUAAAGUAAUUUAAAGACUU